AUGGCGCCCAGCCCGGAGCACGUGGUCCUGGAAUUCGAAGUGCAACGCUUGCGGGACGAGCUCAGGCAAUAUGACCAGGAGCUGCCGUGUUGGACCGCUGAGGUCAAAGCCGCCGAAAGCUAUGCCGAAAGCUUGGAAAGUGAGUACAAGCAGGAGGAGUUGAGCGAACAACGCUUGGCUGUCGAGAUGUCACAGAAGCGCAAGAUCCGGGCCCUGUCUCCAGCCAGCAGUCAGGGCGACCGUGACCAUCACGAGGCGGUGGAACACCACGCCGAGGCCGGCGUCGCGGUGCACGUCUUCGAGGAUCCAUUGAUUCCGGUGCAUGGCAUGACGGAUGAAGAGAUCGCCAAACAUCAUCAGGAGCGCCAGAUGAGCCACGAACUCGCGCGCCGCGCCGUGUCCAUCGCCCAUUUGCGGCGCCGCAAAACAUCGCUGGCGGACGAGGCCAUCGCCCGAGCGCGCCGGGAGGCGGAGCAGCUGCGCGAGCAGCUGAUGGAGGCGGAAGCGGAAGGUCGCAGGGUGACCGAAGAACGUCAAGCCGCAGAGGAACAGGAGCUUCCUUUGCGCGAAUGGGUGAAACACAUUGAGGAUCAGGUCACCACUGCACGCUUGGAAAAUGCCCGGCUCUCCUCGUCCCUAUCCUCGGCGCUGGCCUUUCGCGCCUCGCUGCUGCCGGAUGAAGGGCACACCCCAGCGGGAGCUGAGACGGGGGCGCAUAUCCAGCAAGUGUGUUGGCUGCGUGAACAUCAACGUCAAUGCACGUCUCGAAAAGAGAAGUUGAAGGAGGAAAUCGCGGCCGAAGAACGUCGUCGCGACUCCUUCCUCCGCGAUGCCGGGCGCAGCGCCGUUUUCCGGCGAUCGCCGGCGGCAUCACCGGACAGGUCAUAUCUCACUUCAUCGCUGCGAAGCUUGCCCCCCACGCCGUUCGAAAAGUUUCACUCGCUGGGAGCCGCCCCAAAGGACCCAAAGGACCCAAAGGACCAGGGCCACCAGGGUUUGGGCGAAGAGAGCGAAGAUGAGGACCAUGACUAUUGGAAGAGCGAUUGGCACGAAAGUGGGAUGCCAAAAAAGCGGGAGCCGCGGAAUUCCUUGGCCUUGCUCUUCGGUGGCAUGCCCGGCCUGAAGCAAUGCUGGGAUCCGGUACCCCUGAAGGUCUUUAGCGCCAUUGCCGUGGUCUACGCCUUCGGCGAUUUUCUGGAGAUGCAGUCCAUGGCAGUCAUGGGCGGCGCCGCGUACCAGAUUUUGCUCCAGAGCAAGCUGCUAGUCACCGCUUUGAUCAUGUGGGUGAUGCGUGGUCAACGCCAAACCACACUGCAGUGGAACGUGCUAGUCACCAUCGCACUGGGCAUGAGUGCCUUUGUGCUGACCGACGACAGUGGCAAUGAGGGCGGCUUCCAGCCCAUUGGCUUAGUCUUCGUGGUCGCCAAGGUGUUCUUCUCAUGCCUCUGUGCCGUGCUGGCCGAGAAACAUCUCAAGGCAAUGGGCAUUGGUAUCAUCCUGGAUGGAUGGGCAGAUGCAUAG